ACGGAACUGGUAUUUUGUCCUCCGGGAUUUGACGGGCUUUUACACUGAAGGGGUUUGGUUACAAACAGUGAAGCCUAAAAUUAGGGAGGCACCCCAACAGCAGAUGACGCCACACAGCUAAAGUGGACCUUGUCGUCGUCGUUGCGUGUCCCCGAUAACAGGACUCGGGGCCAUGGAAACGUUCCCCGCGAGUUUCCCGCUGUUGAUGACUCCGGGGGUAUUUUUAGCGCUCGUUGUCAUCUUUUCGUAACUGCCCCGGCGGCGGUGUUCAGUAUAAAGGACCGUUGGAAAAUGCAGCUGUACAACAGCGCGCUCACACACUACCCGAAGUCGUCGCGGAAAGUUACAAUAACUCUGUCUGCAGCCCCCGAGCGCCUGAACGGGACGCCGCGAACUUCCUCCGAGGUCGACUUUGCCCAACUUGACACAACUUCGUCAACUCACGCCGCUCCGCCCGCGGAGACUUCUGGAAACAUGCCCGCCUUUUCGUGCUACGAGGCUGCUUCUACCAGGAGGCCGCUUUACUUCACCUCCACCGCCGAGAUAUUAAUCCGCCGACCCGACGGAGUGCAAAGGCCGGUUCCCAUUCACAUCAUCCGACAGCCCAAACCCCCCUCAGGCCGCCCCCACAAGCCCUGCAGUGACCCCGACCAGGAGACCAUGGUGGACUGGACAAACCAUCAGACUGAGGAGGCAGGCUGCACAGAACUGCCAGGAGGAUCUGCUUUUAAGAGGAAGAAAACCACUCAAUCCACAGUGGAAUGUAAGGAGGAGGAUUCUGGACCUUAUAGGAGCAACGGAUGGGCGUCAUUCCAUGAAGAGGAACUGGCCCCCUCAAUGGUUGCCAUGACGAAGAACUUCAGAACAGAGGAUCUAUUUGACAUGAACAGUAUGGAAAGUACACCACCAUCAGGGCAGAACCAGACUCUGAAGCUCAGUGUCCUGCAGGAGUCGCCUCCGCAGGGGUCCCAGCAGAGAGACCACAAAGUCAGCCGGUACCUGGCUGAGGUGGAGAAGCAGAACAAGUACCUCCAGGAGAGGAACCAAUACAGGUACCACAUCAUUCCAGAUGGCAACUGCCUGUACAGAGCUGUGUGCAAAGCCACGUACGGGGACCAGACCAGGCACGGCGAGCUGCGGGAGCAGACGGUGCACCACAUCGCCGACCACCUGGACGAGUUCAACCCCAUCAUCGAAGGCGACGUGGGAGAGUUCCUGAUCAAUGCGGCGCAGGACGGAGCCUGGGCCGGCUACCCGGAGCUCCUCGCCAUGAGCCAGAUGCUGAACGUCAACAUCCACCUCACGACGGGCGGCAGCUCAGAGAGUCCCACCGUCUCCACCAUGGUGCACUACCUCGGCGAGGAGGACGCCUCCAAACCAGCCAUCUGGUUAAGCUGGCUCAGCAACGGCCACUACGAUGUGGUCCUGGGCCGAUGUCUUCCCAACCCAGAGUACGAAGACUGGUGCCGGCGCUCACAGAUGCAGCGGAAACGAGACGAGGAGCUGGCAAAGUCCAUGGCGGCCUCACUAUCGAAGAUGUACAUAGAGCAGAAUGGCUGCGUGUGAGGCCACAGUCUGUUCCUGAUGGAUGCUGUGGACUCUGCUUGGUUGCUUUAAAUUAUUAUUCUUUUGUAAGUUUUCUAAGUUUGUCAGAAAAAAAGUGCAGUGCACAUCGCAGACCAUCUUUAUUAGCACUUGUCAACUAUUUUUCCAUUUCUUUGUGUUUGUCUUUUUCCAAGUGGCACAUAGCUGUAUUAUAGCUGCUCUCUUUUGCACAAAAGUCCUGUCAGACUCGUUUGGGAGAGUUGUAUUUUGUGCUGCUUUCUUGUCAUUUAUUCCAAAUGUUUGGAUUGUUUUCUUUUUAUUUUAAAUGAAGUUUGUUGGGGAAAAAAACAUGUUUUUAUUUUAUAAGAUUGUUUUAACAGUUUUAUUUGAUUGUUUCCAUAAAACUGUCAUUCAGCAUCGAUGAUCAUGUCUUUUUAGUCGCACAACACUAAUCUUAUACAAACCCUCCCUUUAAAGUGCAGCAUGGUGGGAAGAGAUAAGAGAUGCACGCUGCACUCUGAUGCUUUGAAAGGUUAAAAGUUAUGUUCUAGCUUGAUUAGCUGGUGUCUUUUCUCAACUUGUGUAACAUAGUUUCUUCAGAGCGGCAGGAGUUCAAUAGAAAUCUGCCUCUGAGUUGUGUGGCAGCAUUUCCCAUCAUCCCUUUGUUUACACGCUCUCACAAUAGCUUACAGUCCCAACCUAUUAUUUACCGAUGCAACAAAAAUGGCGAGCAAUACUGGAGCUAUCCGGCCUUACAGUUUGAGCCAUAUGCCUGCUCAGAUGAAGAAAAUGAAGACAUACGUGGAUCUCCUAAUCUGCAAGUGAAUCCAUCAGAUUGGACAACAUAUUUUCUACAUCACAAACACGCUCUCUUUAUAACAGAAUUCUUUGUGUGUUCCUGAUUUACAACAAUAAAGAAUAAAAUUUAUUCUAAAGAAUAAAGAAAUACUCAGAAAUACCCAUUUUAACUAAGUUUUUCUUUACAAAUGUGCUCCCAUCAUCAAAAAAGGGCAAAAGAACAUGUUAAAAAAACUGUUUUAAUCAGAGUAGGUCUUUAAAAUGGGAAAAAAAGUUUUAAAGACAAAAUUUUCUGCAGAGUAUUCAGUUACACUGUCACCCUGUUUAUCCAUGUUUUCCUAGAUUCUUUGUUGCAUUAAAGUAAUGUACCAUUC